GUCUGUGACUGGUAUAGUAAUUCAAACGUUAAAUCGUCAGCCACCUCUAAUGGCGACUCUAGUCAACAUAGUACGACAGAGUCAAAAUCAAAAUCUCAAUUCUUCUUCUUAUCCACCUGUUAAAUCAACUACUCCAUCAAACUUCCAUCUACUUUUUCUAUUUUAUCAUCAAUUUUUCAAAUCCUGAUUUUAUUUGUUGAUUUUGUGAUAUUAUUAUUAUUAUUUUUUCUAAUGGAGGAAGAAGAACAACCAAUUGAGAUCAGAGCUUUACAAUCAUUAGGUUUAGGGUUCGAUUUAACAUCUGAUUUCAGAUUAAAGUUUGCUAAAAAAGGAAAUAAAAGUGAAGAUGAUGGUAUUGGUAGGUUGAUUGUGCUUGAUGAAGAAGAUCAAAGAGAUGUUGUUCUUCCUGGUGGUAAAAUUAUAUCUGGUGUAUCUAGAGAUAUUAAAUGUGAUAAAGGAGAUCGUAUUAGGUUUAAAUCAGAUGUGGUUGAGUUUAAUCAGAUGUCUGAGUUACUUAAUCAGAAGUCUACAGUGCAAGGAAAGAUCCCUUCAGGGUAUUUUAAUUCUAUUUUUGAUUUUAGUGGUCUAUGGAUGGCUGAUGCCACAGACACUAAAUAUCUUGCCUUUGAUGGUUACUUCAUCUCAAUGUACUAUUUGCACCUAACGACAUCUCCAUUAGUGCUCCAAGGGAGAAUAAAAAAGGCUGUUCCUUCUAACUGGGAUCCUGCAUCUCUCUCCAGGUUCAUCCGUACAUUUGGGACUCACAUAAUUGUGGGAUUGGCUAUUGGAGGUCAAGAUGUAGUGUGUGUCAGACAGAAACAUUCUUCCUCAAUUCCUCCUGCGGAUCUUAAACAAUAUUUAGAAGACCUUGGAGAUUCUUGGUUUUCAGACGGUGGAAGCACCUCUCCAUUCCGAAGAACUGGAGAUGCAAAAAGAAAGGUUCCGGAGGUGUUCCAGCGAGUUCUGCAGUCGAAUAGGAUGCAAUUGAACAGAAUCACAGAAACAUCAAGCAAGGAUGGACUCACUGUUGUUUGCUCAAAAAGAGGAGGGGAUGCUUAUUUACAUACUCAUCACAAGUGGCUCCAAACAGUAGCAUCAAAUCCUGACGCUAUACUCUUUAAAUUUGUACCUAUUACGUCUCUUCUUUCUGGUAUACCAGGCAGUGGCUAUCUUAGUCAUGCGAUUAACUUGUACCUCCGCUAUAAACCUGAUCCAAAGGAUUUGCAAUACUUCCUGGAGUUCCAAGUUCCAAGGCAGUGGGCACCUAUGUUUAAUGAGCUGCCUCUUGGGCACCAAAGGAGGGCCUCUUGUCCUUCUUUGCAGUUCAGUUUCAUGGGAUCAAAGCUUCAUGUCAACUCUACGCAGGUCUCAAGUGGCAGGACUCCUGUGGUAGGUCUUCGUCUUUACCUAGAAGGGAAGGCAUGCAACCGCUUGGCCAUACAUGUACAGCACCUCUCGAACCUUCCAAGGUUACUUGAAUCUUCAUGGGCUGGCCCCACUACGCUGAAACAAUGUCAAUGGCGAGGGUCUGAUGAAUCCAGUGUCCCAUACUUAGAACCCAUAAAAUGGAAAAGAUACUCCAACAUUUGCACAUCAGUCGUAAAACAUGAUCCAGGUUGGUUGCAUGGAGAAUCACCAGGUGUAUUCAUUGUCACUGGAGCUCAACUCAUGACCAAGGGGAAAUGGCCAAAACACAUUCUUCACCUUCGUUUACUCUACACACAUAUUCCUGGUUUCAGCAUCCAGAAAACAGAAUGGGCAGUUGCACCAGCAUCUUCACAAAAAUCAAGUUUCCUCGCCAAUUUCAGCACAACUUUCACGACUUCAGGUCCUUCAAAGGCAGCUCCUGUGGUAGCUAUAAAUUCCGGAGUGUAUUCUGAUGGCCCUCCAAGACCAGUUCACUCUCAAAAGCUUCUUAAAUAUGUUGAGACGUCAGAAAUAGUCCGGGGGCCACACGAUAUUCCCGGACACUGGAUGGUAAUUGCUGCUAAGCUAGUUACAGAAGGUGGCAAGAUUGGUUUACUUGUAAAAUUUGCAUUGCUUGAUUAUUCCAGUCCCACGAGUGAGUAGAAGAAAGUUUGAUCCACAUUGGAUCUCACCUAAAUCUCCCCAUCUAUCCUCCUGAAGAGAAGUUUGUUUCAAACUCCGGUUCGAAGAAUACCCCAUGCUAAUGUAAUGUAAGUAUUAUAAUGGAUCCGUAGUUAUUGAAGUUUUUCGACCAACUCUACUUUGUCGCUGGGGAUAGUUACUAUAAAGCUUUAGAAGUAAGAAACCGUGUACAGAAAUCUCAAGGCCUCCCCCUCUUCCUUUUUCUUUUUUUUUUUCUUCUCUCAUUAAAUUUAAUCUGUAUGUAAAUUGAGAAGUUAUAGAGUUUGGUUGGUGGUUUCAAAUAAUGUAUUUUCAUUUAAGCUUAUUAUGAUUAUAUCA